CGUGGAAAUGCCAUAGCCCACUCAAACCAGCGGAAGUGCGGAACCACAAAAUGCUCGCCCUCCGCAAAACCCUCCUCCACGGCCGCCUCCCUGUGCCGCCGGCCGCCGUCGCUGCCUCAUCUCGGAUCUCCUCCCUCCUCCGCCUCCUCUCCUCCGCCUCCUCCUUUCCCGGGGACAGCGGAGGCGGGGACGAAUGGGGCGCCUCCUCCUUCCCCGGAGGCGGCGGAGGCGGGAACGGGGACGAAUGGGGCUCUUCCUGGUCCACCGGCCUCACCAAGGACCACUUCGACGGGUCCUCGCCCUCUGUCGGACGCCCGGUAUCCUCCCCCUCCGCGCCCGUCUCCCGUGAGCUGGCGACCGUGCGCGCCAUGGACGAGGAGGACGACAUGAUCCGGGACUUGGAGCGCGACAACCGCGAGUCGAAGGCGUUCGUGGAUUCCUGGAACGACCGGAUGCGGGAGACCUGCGCACUUCUGAAGCAGGUGCGGGAGCCGGGCGCCCGGGGCUCGUACCUCAAGGACUCGGAGAAGCAGGAGAUGUACCGCCUGCACAAGGAGGAUCCCGCGACGUACACUGUGGAGCGGCUCGCCAAGGACUUCCGCGUCAUGCGGCAGCGCGUGCACGCCAUCCUGUGGCUCAAGGAAAUGGAGGAGGAGGAGGAGCGGAAGAGGGGCAAGCCGCUCGACGACUCCAUCGAGAUCCUGCUCGACAGCUGCCCAGAGUUUUUCAAUUCUCAUGACAGGGAAUUUCAUGUAGCAUCCCUUCCAUAUAAACCUGACUUCAAAGUGAUGCCUGAGGGCUGGGAUGGCACAACACGAGAUCCUGAUGAGGUUCUGUAUGAAAUUUCAAUGAAGGAAGACCAGAUGUUGUAUGAAGAAUUUGUUCAACGCUUGGAGUUCAACAAGAAAAAGGUGGCAGGGGAGGUUAAGUGCCACAAGUACAGCAGACGCCGACCAGAUGAUGGAUGGACCUACAUGGUUGAGAAGAUGGGGCCACAAGGAAAGCGUGGUGCAGGAGGCGGCUGGAAGUUCAUCAGCUUACCUGAUGGAUCUAGCCGUGCACUAAAUGAUAUGGAGAAGAUGUAUGUUAAGAGGGAGACUCCAAAACGGCGAAGGAGGAUCAUUGCACCGUACAAGUGACAGGGGCCUCAAUGUGUCGCAAUGCAAGUUUUCUCGACUUUUUUUUUUUGGCAUUCUCGAGGGAAGUUGAAACUGUGAAAUAGAUCGGAACCACCAGCACUGAUCAUUUGCUUUUGCAGCCCAAGAGGUGGUUUGAUUUACUUGUGUCGUUUGUAACAUAGCCAGGCAACUCAUUUCCCAGACACAUACUUCAUGGUCUCGAUUUGCCAGGCAACACUCUAUGUAGACUCUCAAGAAAUCAUUCUUGUUUCAUAGAGACUUGAAAUCCCUAUUAUGUUCCUUAUGCCCUCAA